AUGGUAAUAAUUGGAAAUAAAGAAUAUACACCAAUUGGAGCAGAACUUAUCCCAUCGGAUAUACUUGGUUUUCCAAAUGUUUAUAGAUAUGAUUUUAGAGAUUUACCAAUAAGUUUUGAGUUUUUUUAUUAUAAAAUUCAAAAUGUGGUAACAAUUACUUAUAGAAACUUUACAGGUAUAAAUGAAAUAAAUCAAACUUUACCAGGUUAUAGAGAGAUGUUUAUAAGUUGUGAUUGUCUUGAUGGUUCAAAUUUUAAAAUGUCAUAUAUUAAUAAAAAUACAUCACUUUUUCAACUUGAUAAAUCAUAUUUAAAUUUAAUUAAUGAUUCUCCAAAUUUAAAUAAAUUAUAUUCAUUAACAUUAGGAUUAAACAAUCUUCCAAAUAUGUCAAAUUAUUAUUUUAAUAGUAUGAUUUUUUAUUUUGGACCAAAUUUCGAUGUUAAUUCAUUUGGUUUAAAUUAUAAAACUAUAAGGUCAGAGGUUAAAGAAUUUAAAUCAUCAGAUCCGGAAAUGUAUUUUCCCAUUGAAGCUUUAGCAGAUCAGGAAGUUUCAUUGGUUGGAGGUUAUACAAUACGUUUUGAUUUAAAAUUUAGUCGUCCACAAGAUAAUAAGCUAUUGAACAUUUCAAAUCAAAAUAUUCGUUUUAUUACUUUUUCCAACCCUGGGAAAUUUUUUAAUAUUGAAAGUAAUUCAUUACUUCAAUUCCCUCUAAUUCUAAACUAUAAUUGUAAACUUGUUGUUGAAUAUGGAACGAUUUCUCAAACUGAACCAAUUUCACAAUUUGGUAAUCCAAAGAUUAUUUCAAUGAAACAUUCAAUUAUUUCAGGUGAUUUAGGUAAAUAUCAAUUAUCAAAUCCUAAUCAAGAAAGAAUCUAUGAUUUUUCAGGUAAUUCUAUAACUGGAACAAUUGAUCAAUCAUGGUGUCAUGCUAUUUUACAAAUUAGAGAUAAUAAUAUGACUGGUCCAAUUCCAUCAUGUUUUUCUUGUUAUUUUAAUUCUCCAUUAAUUGAUUCAUCACUUGGUUCAUACAUUACUUUUUAUGGAGCUUUCGAGGGAAACAACUUUACAAAUUUAUAUCCCAAUUUACCUUGUACAACAUUUAAACCUCAAAUUGAAAGACAAUCUAACACAGCUUUAAUUAUUUACGGUAAUGAUAUUGGUUUCAAUGGAGUCUUGUAUAAAAUAAAUGGAACUAUUAGUUGUAAAACCUAUGAACCAAUUGAAUAUGGUAAAAAAUUUCUAUUUACUACCAAUAAUAGCAUUUCAUUUGCCCAUGUAAAUUAUUUAUCAAUUAAUUUUUUUUAUCCAUUUGAUAAGGAUUAUUAUUUCCCAUUAAUUUUUAGAUCACCAAUUAUUGACUCUGUUUAUUUUUCAAAUGGUAAAAGUUUACAAGUUGAUGGGUCUUACUUUUCAAGUUAUUUGGGUCAUGUCACACAAACAAUCACUAUAUCAAAUUAUACAUUUGAAAUUUUUGAUUCAAGUGAUUUCUUUUCAAUUCAAGCAAAUUCAACAAAAUUAAUUCCAGCUUCUUUAACAAAUAAAUUCGAAUUAUUAACUUUAACUACAAAUUCAAACAUUAAAAGAGUUUAUGUAGAUUUGGGUUCAAGAAAUGAUAAAUUAUGUAAAAAUGAUUGUAUUGAUAAUGAUCAUGGUAUUUGUAAUUUAAAUUUAGGUGUUUGUAUAUGUUUAGAUGAUUUUAUUGGUGAUGAUUGUUCACUUCCAAACUUUUUCAUUACAUCAGUUCAACCAUCAACAACAAAUGGUGGUGAAGCUAUUUUCUUUGGUUCAUUUUUAGAAUUAACAAAUAAUAUUUCAUUAACAAUUGGCGGAAUAGAUUGUCAAAUUACAUUAAAUUCAAUAGAUACAAUUAAAUGUAUAGCACAACCUGGUAAUGGUAUUAAAACUAUAAUUUUAAAACAAAAUGAUAAAAUAUUCACUGGUGUUGGUAUUUAUAAAUAUAUUGAAUUAUCAAUACCAUGUCCAAAUAAAUGUUCAAAUAAUGGUAUUUGUAAUUCAACAACUGGAAUUUGUAAAUGUAAAAAUGGAUAUACUUUAUAUGAUUGUAGCGCAUUAAUUAAUUUAGAUAAUGGUUUAGGCAAUAGUAAUAAUAAUACAGGCGGUGGUGGUACAAAUACAACAAUUGACCCAGGUACAGGUUCAACAAAUAUUACAGAUUCUCAAACUAAUUUCCAAAUUUAUUUAAAAUCAUUAAUUGAAGUAGAUAUUAAUAAUAAUGAAGUUAAAUCUUAUUCAUUAUUAAAGAAUUGGAUAUUUAAUAAAACUGAAAAUGAAAUUGAACCAAAUAAAUAUAUAUUAAAACAACAAUUAGUAAAUAAUACUACUCCAAAUUCAAAUGGAUGUAUAAUUACAUCAACAAUUGAAGAAAUUAAAGAUAAAAAUGGUAAAGAAUUUACAUUUGCGGGUACAUCAUUCGUUGUUUCAAGUGGUUCAAUUAAAUUUACAAUUUCAAUUGCAAAUUAUACAUAUCAAAGUAAUUUAAAUACUUUAAAAUUAGAAUUAAUAUCAUCAGUUGAUAAAAUCGAUAAAAUUAAUAAUUGUAAUUCAAAAGACACAGAAAUCGAUACAACCAAUGUAAAUGAUAUAUCAACAUUUAAUUAUAUCAAAAUUUCAAAAAAUAAUAAAAUUUUCUCUGCUAGAUUCAUUAAUAAAGUAUUGUCCGAUGGUAGAUCAACAUUUUUUACAACAAGCGCAAGAAAUGAUUCAAAUUCAAUUAUUGUAUCAUUAAAUUUACCUCAUUGUAUUAAUGAAUGUUUAAUUGAUCCAGAUUUUUCAGUUUUACUUACAAAUGAUUUCAAAUCUGAAUGUGGUGAUGAUGAUUCAUCUCGAAAAUGGUUUUUACCUGUUGUAGUAGUUGUACCAGUUGUAGGUGUUGCUUUUAUGAUAAUCAUAAUGUUUUUGAUUUACAAAAGAAGUACAACACUAAAAAUUAUGUUACAUGCUACAAAAUUAAAAAAAUUUAAUCACAAAUAA